AUGAAUUGGUUCAGCUUCCUCGUCCUGCUGACCAUGGCCGGGCUGGCCCACAGUGUACAGAACACUUGUGGGAAAAUCGGCAUCUUGAAUGUCGUGAUUGGGGCCACCCAAUUGACUCAGCCAGGCCCUGGAGCACAAGUGCGCAAGAUUAAGAAGCUAUUUCGUCACGAAAACUAUAAGAAAAGGGAUAUAAGUAAUGACAUUGCCUUGCUGGAACUGAAUGAGCCUGUACAGUGCAGCUCCUACAUCCAGGUGGCCUGUGUGGCUGACCCCACCCUGAGAGUCUCAGAGCUGCAAAACUGCUGGAUUGCUGGCUGGGGUUCAACCGCAGAAGGAGACUCAAGUGAUGUCCUACAGGAGGCCAAGGUCCAGCUCAUUGAUGUCCAGCUCUGCAACAGCAGUGGAUGGUAUGCAGGGAAAGUCCACAUCCACAACGUGUGUGCUGGUUACCCUCACGGCCGCAUCGACACCUGCCAGGUAGGAGUGUGCCACAAGCCACUCAGCCCCCAGCAGGACUGGCAGCCAGGGCAGCACCGCCCCAACACAGCCCAGGGCCUGCUUUGCCCGGCCACUCAGUCACCCUCCCAGCCCCAGCUCCCCCCCGACUGUUUCUGCGGGGGAAUGCCUGCAGAUCCAAAGGCAAUGCUCAGGGUCAAAACUCUGUCCUGA